GUGGUAGAGUUGUUCUGAGUUGUUUGAAAUUAACUUAACCCAAGAAUUUUCAAUUUAUUGCUAAAUUACUGGUGAUAUUGUAUCAUUUACUAAGUAUUUUUUUACAAAAAGGUCAACUUGAAGUUAUCAAUCAAAACUCAUAAUGGCAUAUAAUCCCAACUACGGCCAGCAGGCUUACCCCAACCAACCGCCCGGCCAGCAAGGUUACCCUAACCAGCCACCCGGGCAACUAGAAGUCGGUCACGGGCCGUAUCCGUCCAUGGGCCCCGGCGGCGGGAUCUCGCCUCAGGUCCAGCAAUGGUUCCGAGCGGUCGAUAAGGACCAAUCCGGGUUCAUCACUGCCGACGAGCUCAAGGCCGCGUUGGUGAACGCGCAGGGGCAGACGUUCUCGCACACGGCUUGCAGUUUGAUGAUUGGGAUGUUUGAUAAGGAUCGUUCCGGCCACAUCAACAUAGAAGAAUUCGACAAACUGUACACUUACAUUAACCAGUGGUUGGCAGUGUUCAAGACCUACGAUACCGACCAGUCCGGCCAUAUUGACGAACAGGAGCUCUCUAAAGCUUUAAAUCAAAUGGGAUUCCGUUUCACCCCGGACUUCAUCAACUUUCUGAUAAAACGUUCAGACCCGAAAGAAGGGAAAGUGUCAGUGGACGAAUUCAUCAUACUCUGUGUCCAAAUACAGCGAUUCACGGAGGCCUUCCGCGUGCGCGACACUCAACAAAACGGAACAGUCACUAUUGGAUUUGAAGACUUCCUAACAGUUGCACUGAGCUGCUCGAUUUAAAAUAUGGAUUUGCCUUUUCACAGCCUAUCGUCAUGUCAAAUGUCACACAUUCUAACAACAUUUGAUUCAUUGAUGCGAACCUUGAAAGCAUAAACGUUACUUUGACCGACUGCAAAUAGCACUUGUAUUAGCGGUGUGGGCUCAACAUACGACAACUUUAGGCGUUGAAAGGGUUAAUGAGGGAAAUCUCAAAAUGACACACAGAUAUCCACAAUUACAUGCUUUAUUGGCAAACUUAUGUACGGAAGAAAUACUGAUGUCAUUCAGUUACCAUACACAAUACAAUACACAACUCUCAGUUAGCACCACACUUAUUAUAAGACUUUUAAUGAUGCUUUAAACACGGGAUAUUGUUCUUAUGCUGUCUUGCUUGGCCAUACUAAUUGCCUUCUUAGAAUUCCAUUGUAUCUGUAAGUAAAUACAUUAUUUUUAUA